AUGAAUUCCGAAGAUGAUUAUAGUAACAAUGAUGAAGAUGAAAUUGAUGAUGAAAGUAUUACAAGUGAAGAUGAUAAUGUUGAUGAAGAUGAAUCAUCUAUACAAAUGGAAGAAGAAUCAACAGAUCAACAGAAUUCAAAACUUAAUACAGAUAAACAAAAAGCUGAUGUUUUGAAGAAACAAAUUGCUUUAUGGGAUUCAUUUCUUGAAUUACGUAUUAAACUUCAACGUGCAACAAUAACUUGUAAUUGUUUACCAACAACGACAAUAAUACCCGAUGAUGAUGAUGAUGAUACUGAAUUACGUGAUGUGAUCGAUGAAAAUACAAAAUUGUUUCGUAAAACAUUGGCAUUACUUCUUGCAAUUGAAAAUCGUCGUUCAGCUAAACGAGUACGUGAAAAUGACGAUGAUGAUAAUAACAAUAAUAAUGAAACAACAGAAGUUUUUAAAACAUUAUCAAAACGUUUUAAAAAUAAUGAACAAGCUAUUGAUGAAGAACUGAGUAAAAGUUAUACACAAUUUACACCCGAAAGAGAUACUGUUAUACAAAAAUGGUUUGAACGUACACGUGAUUUCUCAAAGCAGAAUAAAAUGAAUGCUGUUGAACAAUCACCAAUUGUACAAAUCAAAGAGAUUAUGGCAUUACCUGAUCGACUUAUCAAACGUACACAAACAAGUCGAAUAGAUUAUGAUCUUAUAUGUCCGCCAUCAUCACCUAAUCAGAAUUCAGAAAUAUCAAAUGAUUUAACAACGAAAAUAAAUCCGGAAAUUUUUGAUGACGGUGAUUUUUAUCAUCAAUUAUUACGUGAAUAUAUUGAACGUAAAACAGCAUCAAUUACUGAUCCUGAACAAAUAAGCAAACAUUGGGCUCAAUUAAGAAAAUUGCGAACUAAAUUGAAAAAGAAUCUUGAUACCAAAGCAAGUAAAGAUCGCAAAAUUCGUUAUAAUAUUCAUAAAAAAUUAGUUAAUUAUAUGGCACCAAUUGAUAGAUGUUCAUUUACUGAUCAAGCAAAAUCCGAUCUUUUCUCAUCAUUAUUUGGUAGACAUCAAUUAACAACAAUUGAUACACAACAAACAUCACCAGUGAAUGAUAUUCGUAUCAUUUAA